AGAGUCGACAGGAAGAAGGGAGCCUUUCCCUUGCAGACUCUGGAUGCAGAAGCUGGACUUGCUGCAGAGGCGGCUGUGCUGUUCCUGGAGCCGGGCUUCUGGGGGUACACCUGCUUCGUGGGGCUCACCCAGACAGGCUCCCGGGUGCGGGGACCUGCGAAGCGACGGCCAUCGCUUCUGGUUGCUGCCGGCAGGGCCGGCCUCCUCUCGGUCAUCAUGAGCGGCUGCUCCAGAAGAUGCAAGCUGGGGUUCGUGAAAUUUGCCCAGACCAUCUUUAAGCUCAUCACGGGGACCCUCAGCAAAGAUAAGAUCGAAGACGAGCUGGAGAUGACCAUGGUGUGCCACCGGCCGGAGGGCCUGGAGCAACUCGAGGCCCAGACCAACUUCACCAAGCGGGAGCUCCAGGUCCUCUACCGAGGCUUCAAAAACGAGUGCCCCAGCGGAGUGGUCAACGAGGAGACCUUCAAGCAGAUCUACGCUCAGUUCUUCCCCCACGGAGAUGCGAGCACCUACGCGCACUACCUCUUCAACGCCUUCGACACCACGCAGGCGGGAUCCGUGAAGUUUGAGGACUUCGUGACCGCGCUGUCCAUUUUGCUGAGAGGAACUGUCCAUGAGAAACUGAGGUGGACGUUUAACCUGUACGACAUCAACAAAGAUGGCUACAUAAACAAGGAGGAGAUGAUGGACAUCGUCAAAGCCAUCUACGACAUGAUGGGGAAGUACACGUACCCCGUGCUCAAGGAGGACACGCCCCGGCGGCACGUGGACGUCUUCUUCCAGAAAAUGGACAAAAAUAAAGAUGGCAUCGUGACUUUAGAUGAAUUCCUCGAGUCCUGUCAGGAGGACGACAACAUCGUGAGGUCUCUCCAGCUGUUCCAGAAUGUCAUGUGACAGGGGAGUCAGCCGCCUGACCCUCAGAGACACUGUACUAAGCAACCACCUUGUUCUGACUUUACACACCAACUCUUGGGACAGAAAACACCUUUUACACUUUGGAAAACUUUCUAGGAACCCCGGCAUCACGUGGCUCCGUUUCUGCCACCAUUUCCUUCUCCCUUCGAGAGAGGAGAGAGACCAGCCGCAGUUUGAGUCUGUUCCGGAAGCAUGCCCGCCUCUUCCGCGCCGCCC